UGUAAUAAUGGCGGGUAGGUACAACCUCAUUUAUAUUUAAAAUUGUUUAUUCUUGAUUGUAAACUUGUUUGUUACCUUAUUAUCGUCUAUUUAUAUUAUCUGCCUGAUACAGGUAACUGAUAACGGAAUAUUGUAAUACUGUUGCCCAAUAGAAUUUGCUUACGAGUUACGGCGGGGCCACUUUUUUUCAUUUUCAAUUCUCUCUUGCUGCUUAUCACGUCAUAUUAAGGUAGGCGUUUAAAGGGUAAACACAUUCUUAAAAUGAACAAAUUAAUCGGCUUCACUAGGAGUUUUUCCAGUUCCAAUUCAUUAAAUGCUGUUAAAACCGUUACUGUUAUUGGUGGAGGGCUCAUGGGAAGUGGGAUUGCCCAGGUUUCAGCCCAGGCAGGACAAAAUGUAACAUUAGUAGAUUUAAAUGCAGAAACCUUACAAAAAGCGCUUAAAUCAAUUGAAAAUAAUUUGACAAGAGUUGCCAAGAAAGUUCACAAAGAUGAUGUGGCUAAAAUCGACAGUUUUGUAAAGGAUUCCAUAGCUAGAAUUAAAACAUCUAUAAGGGUUGAAGAUGGGGUAAACUCCGAUUUGAUUAUUGAAGCUAUAGUUGAACAAUUGGAUGUAAAACAACAGCUUUUUAAUAAAUUAGAUGAGCUGGCUCCUCAGUAUACAAUCUUGACAAGUAAUACAUCAUCAAUUCCUAUCAAUGCGAUUGGUUCUGGGAUUAAAAGGAAGGAUAGACUUGGCGGCCUUCAUUUCUUCAACCCUGUGCCAGUUAUGCGUCUCAUUGAGGUGAUAAAAACUGAUGACAUGUCAGAAGAAACUCACCAAACCUUAAUGGAAUGGGGAAAGUCUGUUGGUAAGACUUGUAUCACCUGUAAAGAUAGACCUGGAUUUGUGGUUAACAGAUUAUUAGGACCCUACAGUGCUGAGGCUCUAAGAAUGUAUGAAAGAGGCGAUGCCACGAUGGAAGAUAUAGACAUUGGCAUGAAGCUUGGGGCGGGCUACCCGAUGGGACCUUUUGAAUUGUGCGACUACACCGGACUGGAUACCAACAAACACGUCAUGCGGGUCCUUUACGAGAUGACCAAGGAGGAAGUCUUCAGACCCGUUCCACUGUUGGACACAAUGGUGGCCGAAGGAAAGCUUGGAGUCAAGUCCGGAGAGGGAUUUUAUAAAUAUAAAAAAUAAAGUCAAUCAAUGAAAUACAUAAUAUGUUGUUAAACGGAUAGAGGGUAUCUAUAAGUGAAUGCAUUUUGUUAAAUAUAUAUUUUUUAUGAAUUUUAUAUUAAAAUAUUAUUCUAUUA